AUUCUGAGUCAUUAAUACUUUUUCAGAAAUUGGGAGGCGUGGAUAUUGAAUUUAAAAAUAAAAAUAUUAGAGUUAUACUCCCUCCGUCCCCAAAACAUCUUCCUAAGAAAGUCCACUUGAUAAUUCAAUAUGGAAUGUUUUGCAAUAGAAUUUGGUGGAAUAUAAUUAUUAUUGAAUAAGUUUGUUAAAAAAAUUGACAUGUUUACAGUAUAAAUAUUGACUAUGAUAUUUAUAUUUGAAAUAACCAGUAAAUUAUCUUACGAGCCCAACUAAAAAAAAAGUAUAAAAUCAUUUAAAGAAAGUCCAAAAUGAUGGACCUAAAUACAAGUUUAGAAGAGGACGUGGAGUAAUGUGAUGGUGGCAAUUUGUAUGGCUGUAAAUAUAGAGUAUAGUCGAGGCGAAAGAAGGGUGUUGUGUUGUGUUGAGAUAUGUUGGGUGUUGAAAUGAUUUCCCCAAGAUGUCCGAGCAGCCAUGGGUGGCGUCGCGCAAACAAACCGGUGGUUUUAGUCCGACGACCCAAGGCUGUCAACAUUUCCGAGCCGGCUCAGGCAGAGCUCAGCUGGCAAAUUGUGGUUGGAGCUAUAGCUGGUGUUGCUCCAUUUGUGGUGGCUGGGGUUGAGUUCAGCAAGAGAAUUGUGGAACAGAGGAAUUGUAAGGUGUGUAGAGGGUCUGGGCUUGUUCUCAGGGACAACAAGUAUUAUUUUCGAUGCCCUCGUUGCGGUGGGUUUUUGCCGUGGCAAUCGUGGAAGAGAUUCUUCACUGGUUAGAUGGAAUGGAAUGGCCCUUUGUUGUCUCACACAUUUCUCUACCAUGUAUCAUAAUGUUUAAUUAGGUUGCUUUUGGAAUCUUCUUUCACGCCAUUACUUAGAUUUCAUCAUAAUGUGACUAUAAGCACUAAUUAAUUAAUUGUCUCAAAAUUUAAGAAGAAAAUGAUCUAUUUAUACUGCUA